AUGGCGAACGACUCCCCAGCUAAAAGUCUAGUAGACAUCGACUUGGCGUCACUGCGGGAUCCAGCUGGGAUAUUUGAAUUGGUGGAGGUGGUUGGAAAUGGCACCUACGGACAAGUAUACAAGGGAAGACAUGUCAAGACUGGACAGUUGGCCGCCAUCAAGGUCAUGGAUGUCACAGAGGAUGAAGAGGAGGAAAUUAAACUGGAGAUUAACAUGCUGAAGAAGUAUUCCCACCACCGAAACAUUGCCACUUAUUAUGGGGCUUUUAUUAAAAAGAGUCCACCGGGACAUGAUGACCAGCUCUGGUUGGUGAUGGAGUUCUGUGGAGCUGGUUCCAUCACAGACUUAGUAAAGAAUACCAAAGGGAAUCAACUGAAGGAAGACUGGAUUGCCUACAUCUCCAGAGAAAUCCUCAGAGGUCUGGCUCACCUACAUGCCCAUCACGUCAUACACCGCGACAUCAAAGGCCAGAAUGUACUGUUGACAGAGAAUGCUGAAGUCAAAUUAGUGGACUUUGGUGUAAGUGCCCAGCUCGAUCGGACUGUGGGCAGGAGAAACACUUUCAUUGGUACCCCGUAUUGGAUGGCUCCUGAAGUCAUCGCCUGCGACGAGAAUCCAGACGCAACAUAUGACUACCGAAGUGAUCUAUGGUCUUGCGGCAUCACAGCAAUUGAGAUGGCUGAAGGAGCGCCACCGCUUUGUGAUAUGCAUCCGAUGAGAGCACUCUUCCUUAUUCCAAGGAACCCACCUCCAAGACUCAAAUCAAAAAAAUGGUCCAAAAAGUUUUUCAGUUUCAUCGAAAGCUGCCUAGUUAAGAACUACACACAGCGGCCGCCAACGGAACAAUUGCUCAAACAUCCCUUCAUUCGUGACCAACCCAACGAGAGACAGGUUCGAAUUCAGCUAAAAGACCACAUCGAUCGCACUAAAAAGAAGAGGGGCGAGAAAGAUGAGACAGAGUAUGAGUAUAGUGGCAGUGAGGAAGAAGAAGAGGAUCCAGCGGAGCAGGAGGGAGAACCAAGCUCCAUUGUUAAUGUGCCGGGCGAGUCAACGCUGCGCCGCGACUUCAUCCGUCUGCAGCAGGAGAACAAGGAAAGGUCGGAAGCACUUCGCCGCCAGCAACUCCUGCAGGAGCAGCAGCUUCGUGAACAGGAAGAAUACAAGCGGCAACUACUAGCCGAGAGGCAGAAACGUAUAGAGCAGCAAAAGGAGCAACGACGGCGCCUAGAGGAGCAACAGAGACGUGAGCGUGAGAUGAGACGGCAACAGGAGCGCGAUCAGCGUCGGCGUGAGCAAGAGGAAAAGCGGCGUAUUGAGGAGAUGGAUCGCAGGCGCAAAGAAGAGGAGGAGCGCCGACGUGCUGCUGAGGACGAAAAAAGAAGGAAUGAUCGGGAACAGGAAUAUAUACGGAGGCAACUAGAGGAGGAGCAGAGACACUUGGAGAUGCUACAAGAGCAGCUCCUGCGCGAACAGGCCAUGCUACUGGAAUUCAAGUGGCGUGAGUUGGAGGAGCAGCGUAAGGCUGAGCGGCUUCACAAGCGGCUGCAACAAGAACAGCUGUUGUCACUCCAGCGUUCAUCCCGUCAGCAACUCGAUGAUGAAGCCAAAGUCCCCUCAGACACUAGCAAACCGCUGAAGACCUCUCCGAGCCCAGACAAGAUCCUUACCCUUACACCACAAGCUGUGGUACUCAACAAUGCUGUUGCAGUACUGAGAGACAACUCUGAAAACUCUGGAGCGCUACAGGAGAUUCAACCUGAGGGCAUUAAAGAUCAGGGUGCGAUGUUGGAGAAAAUUGACCCUGAUGAGAGCGUCAGCUGCAAGCUGGCCUCCUGUCGCGCCAGUCCCCCUCAGCCUGAAACUUCCACCCAAACAGCACCACCUCAGGGAGAACAGGUUGAGCCGCUCAAGCAUCCUCCUCAUCCUAUCAGAGAGGCUGAUGAGCGGUACCGUAAAAAUAUUCAGGGCUCUCCUCAAACUGCCCCUCCUCCCAAGCAGCCACCCCUUCCCCCUCGCUCUGCGGAACCCUUCUCUAACGGUAGCAGUUCAGCCGAAGCUUCUGCUAUGCACCGGCCCAUGGAGCCUCAGGUCCAGUGGUCCCACCUUGCCGCUUUAAAGAGCAGCAACAGUGCCGCCCCCUCUCCUCCUCCUCCUGUGGUCUCUCGCUCCCAGUCCUUCAGUGAGCCCGGUGGUGUUACUACUAGCUUUGCACAACUUCACCUGCGCUCCCAGGAUCCCCAUCACCACCACCACCCAUCGCCUGCACGCACUGAUCCCCAGCCCCAACCUCCCCUCCAUCAGGCCCAGCCCAGUGAUGAAGUGCCACCCAAGGUACCCGUGAGGACAACGUCCCGUUCACCAGUGCUCUCGCGCCGCGAGUCCCCAUUGCCAAUUCAGCCUGGUAGCCAGAGGAACGCAUCCGGUAAUGUGGAGCAGCGUCCUCUCUGGGACCGUGUGGAGAAGCUGCAGCCUCGACCUGGCAGUGGGAGUUCCUCUGGCUCCUCCAACUCCAGCUCCCAGGCUAGUCCUGGGGACCGCUUCCGGCCACGCUCAUCCUCCAAAUCUGAAGGAUCACCUCUCCAGCGCCCUGAGAAUGUUCACAAAAAAACUGAUGAAAAGAACUUGGCCAGACCUACUCGACCUGCUGACCUGACAGCCCUUGCCAGGGAACUUCGUGCAGUGGAUGACGUGCGACCUCCCCACAAGGUGACAGACUACUCUUCCUCAAGUGAAGAGUCUGGCACCACCGAUGAGGAGGACGACGAGGAAGUCGACCAAGAGGCAGGAGAGGAGUCUACCUCGGGAGCAGAGGACUCCCGUUCUGGAUCUUCUCAUGACUUCCACAGGAGGCUGAGCAAUGGAGAAACUGGGUCUGCCAAAACCAUGCUUGUUGAAGACUCCGAAAGUAAUCAAGCAACCACACCCUCAAAGGAUGGCACGUUGGUAAUCAGACAGAGCACCGCUGACAUUAAGCGGUUGGUCAAUCUCUCCUCUUCCCCGGCCGCUGCCUUUCAUGGCCAGCCCCAAACCCCCAGCCACAGCCUCCAAGAGAAAAGUGGCUUCACUGGCUACAUUCGCCACCUACCAGACCUUAUCCAGCAGAGCCAUCACUCCCCCUCCUCUUCCACAUCCAUGCUUUCCUCCUCAUCACCUUCUAGUAAUGCCAGUCUCACCAUGUCCCCAUUGAACCCCCUGGACAAGCUUGUUGCCAUCGAGAGCCAGUCAGAGAGCAAUUCCAUGUCCAAACACAAGUCAUCGUCCUCCUUCACUCCGUUCAUUGACCCACGCUUGCUUCAGAUUUCCCCAUCCAGCGGAAGUUCACUCAACAACAUGGCUGGGUUCGGCCAGGAUGUCCGUCUCGCUGACCCGCUAAGGUCUGACCCGUCCCGCAAAGGCUCUGUGGUCAAUGUCAACCCUGUCAACACACGCCCGCCAAGUGACACACCAGAGAUCCGCAAAUACAAGAAGAGGUUCAACUCUGAAAUACUGUGUGCAGCCCUCUGGGGAGUCAACCUGCUAGUGGGGACUGAGAGCGGCCUGAUGCUGCUGGACCGAAGCGGUCAGGGGAAAGUCUACCCACUGAUCAACCGGCGGCGUAUCCAGCAGAUGGAUGUCCUUGAAGGACUCAACGUUUUAGUUACCAUUUCAGGCAAAAAGAACAAGCUGAGAGUUUAUUACCUGUCAUGGCUGCGGAACAAGAUUCUGCAUAAUGACCCGGAGGUGGAGAAGAAGCAGGGUUGGGUUAAUGUGGGCGACCUGGAAGGCUGCGUCCACUACAAAGUCGUAAAAUAUGAGAGGAUUAAAUUCUUGGUGCUGGCCUUAAAGAACUCUGUGGAGGUUUACGCUUGGGCGCCUAAACCGUACCACAAGUUCAUGGCUUUCAAGUCAUUUGGCGACUUGGUGCAUAAGCCUUUACUGGUGGACUUGACUGUAGAGGAAGGUCAGAGGUUAAAGGUCAUUUACGGCUCCUGCUCAGGCUUCCAUGCUGUGGAUGUGGACUCAGGCGCAGUCUAUGACAUUUACCUACCCACUCAUAUCCAGACCAGCAUUCAGUGUCACGCGAUCAUCAUCCUGCCUAACACCGAUGGAAUAGAGCUGCUCGUCUGCUACGAGGACGAGGGUGUAUAUGUCAACACGUACGGACGCAUCACCAAGGACGUGGUGCUGCAGUGGGGGGAAAUGCCGACUUCAGUGGCCUACAUUAGGUCGAAUCAGAUCAUGGGAUGGGGUGAAAAGGCCAUCGAAAUCCGAUCAGUGGAGACUGGGCACCUGGAUGGCGUAUUUAUGCACAAAAGGGCACAGAGACUCAAGUUCCUGUGUGAGAGGAAUGACAAGGUCCGACUCGACAGAAAAAUCCAUACUGAUGUCUUUGCUCCGCAGGUCUUCUUUGCCUCUGUGCGGGCUGGAGGUGCCAGCCAAGUGUACUUCAUGACUUUAGGACGCACUUCUCUCAUGAGCUGGUAG